UUGCGUUUCAUCUUACUUUUGGCCUGUGCGUUUCACACACAGGAAGUGAGUUUUCAUCAAUCGCUUCAGCCCCCCCUUUGUUCGUCGACUCGAGACCAGAAUUACACAGUAGUGAAGAAGACAUCCCGUGAGUGUGAGACACCCAGCAGCCGUCCCCGUUUGUCAGGAGGACUGAGCAGGACCCAGAGCCACAUCACGGUGCCUCCACCUCACUCACUGAUACAUGAGAGGCACAAUGACCAGAAGAUCCUGGAACUCACCAACAAGAUCAUUCAGCUAUUGACUGGAGAGGAGGGGGAGUAUAUAGAGGAACACAGGGGUCUGUACAAGGACGUAAUGGAGAAUCAUCGGCCCCUCACAUCACUGGAUGGACCCAGUAACAGAGAUACCCCAGAGAGAUGUCCCCGUCCUCUGUAUUCCCAGGAUUGUACAGAGGAGAAUCACAGGAUCCCACAGGAGGUUCAGGGUGAAGAUCUCACAAAUAUAAAGGUAGAAGGAGAAGAAGAGACGUAUGUGACUGAUAUGAAGGAAGAAGAUAUAGAGGAAGAAGAAGAAGAAGAAGAAGAAGAGACGUAUGUGACUGAUAUAAAAGCAGAAGAUACAGAGGAAGAAGAAGAAGAGACGUAUCUGACUGAUAUAAAGGUAGAAGUUAUAGAUGAAGAAGAAGAAGAGACGUAUGUGAGGGGUGAUCAGCAGUGUAAGGAGGAGGAAAUCCCUACAGAUAUCAGCACAGAUGGAGGCACAAUCAGGAACGCCUUGGCGGGAGAUCUCACCUUGUCUUCAGAUAUUAAAAUAGAAGAUGACAUCACGCAGGAUUUUCCAAGAGACAACCCCAUUAUGCUAAAUAUAUCAUCCAAUCCCUCUAAUUAUGAUUACUGUUCUCCUAAUACCUCAGCUUUUGUUACACACAGUGCAGCUCAUACACCUGAUAAAAUAUUUCCCUGUUAUGAGUGUGGAAAGUGUUUCACACACAAAUCACGUCUUGUUAUACAUCAGAGAAUACACACAAGUAAAACACCAUUUUCAUGUUCUGAGUGUGGGAAAUGUUUUACACAGAAAACAAGUCUAGUUACACAUCAGAGACGUCACACGGGUGAAAAGCCAUUUUCAUGCUCUGAGCGUAGGAAAUGUUUUACACAGGAAUCAGGUCUUGUUAUACAACAUAUAAGUCACACAGGUGAGAGGCCAUUUCCCUGCUUUGAGUGUGGGAAAUGUUUUACAGAGAAAUCAGGUCUUGUUACACAUCAGAGAAGUCACACAGGGGAGAUGCCAUUUUCAUGUUCCGAGUGUGGGAAAUGUUUUACAUUUAAAUCAGAGCUUAUUAGACAUCAGAGAAGUCACACAGGCGAGAGGCCAUUUCCAUGUUCUGAGUGUGGGAAAUGUUUUACACGGAAACAAGAACUUGUUAGACAUCAGAGAAGUCACACAGGCGAGAGGCCAUUUCCAUGUUCUGAGUGUGGGAAAUGUUUUACACUGAAAUCACAUAUGGUUAGACAUCAGAGAAGUCACACAGUUGAGAAACCAUUUUCAUGCUUUGACUGUGGGAUACAUUUUACAAACCAAUCAGAUCUUGUUAAACAUCAGAGAAGUCACACAGGGGAGAUGCCAUUUUCAUGUUCUGAGUGUGGGAAAUGUUUUACACGGAAACCAGAACUUGUUAGACACCAGAGAACUCACACAGACGAGAGGCCAUUUCCAUGUUCUGAGUGUGGGAAAUGUUUUACAUGGAAACUAGAACUUGUUAGACAUCAGAGAACUCACACAGGUGAGAGGCCAUUUCCAUGUUCUGAGUGUGGGAAAUGUUUUAAACUGAAAUCACAUCUGGUUAGACAUCAGAGAAGUCACACAGGCGAGAUGUUCUGAGUGGGAAAUGUUUUACACUGAAAUCUCAUCUUGUUAUACAUCAGAUUUCACACAGCAGAAAAGCAUUUCUAUGAGCUGAUUUAAAACGUUAUUUGAGCAAUUUGAGUUAACCAUUCGCAGACAAUUGGAAUGGAUGACCUAUAAGACUGGAGUAGAUCACUCGGUUGAAACUAAAGCUGGGUACUUACUAAGCAAUGUGUUCCCAGCACAAUAUCGCUGUCGACGGGACCCUGCAUGUGGCAAGUGUAGGAGAGAGCUACAUGACAUGAUGAAUUCUGCAGCAUGUAAUCGCUAGUGACAUCCCCCAUUGGCCUUGCUGCAGGGAUGUUGCUAUUGGCUCGCAGGAGUGUGCAUAUCAUCGGUACACACUAGACGAUGUUCCCGAUAUGUUGCUCUGAUCCGCAGGAUGGGGCGACAUCAUCUAGUGUGUACCCAGCUUUACUGUGUUCUGUUUAUUUUGUUAGUAAUUGGCCUCACUCUCCACAGGAAUAACAGACCACAUUGUUACAUAGCGUCUACAUUUUAUACAUUGCAGUCAAACACGUAAAAGAUAAAAUGCAUUAUUCAUUUUCUAAACAGAUUUUAUUAGUUUAUUUUGGAAACUCUUCUUCUUUGUUGCUUUGGAUUAACGGCGAUUCAGAAACCACAAAGUAGUUCUUGGUUGUGGUUAGAAAAAAGUAAAUGUAUUUGUGUUUUUUUGCAAUUUAAUUAAAAAAAAUUGUGUUUUCUUGG